AUGCAGCUCAACCUCCCAUCUCUCCUAACCCUAAGCCUCGCGCUUCUAGCGCCCUCCCCAACAACCGCCAAAGCAACCAGCACCACGACCACAACAAAACUAACUCUCCGUAUUCCCCCCUCUCAACCCCUUCCUAACCCACACACCCUCCCCUCCUCCACGCGCGCAACACUCUCGACGCUAGGCACGAUCCUCUCCGCGCCCUUGUCCUCCGACAACGGUUUCGUGUUUCAGAACCUCAGUGCAGGGAGUUAUUUGGCGGAGGUUCAUUGUCGGACGCAUGGGUUCGUGCCUAUGCGUGUCGAUGUCUUGGCUCCAGCUGAUGGGGAUGAUAAGGAUAGUAAUGGGUGGGAGGUGAAAGUGUGGGAGACGUUUCGAGGAAACGAGUGGGGAAAUACGGGGGAAAGGUUUAAUGUUGAGGGGGACGAAAGGGGGUUUGUGGUAGAUGUGAAGGUGACGGGGCAGAAGGGGUAUUAUAUGGAGAGGCCUAAAUUCUUGCCUAUGAUGCUGAGCAUAUUCAAGAGUCCUGUCGUCUUGCUGGGCCUGGUCAGCAUGUUAAUGUUCUCGGGGAUGCCGAAGCUAGUUGAGAAUAUGGACCCUGAGAUGCGCGCUGAGUGGGAGCAGCGUCAGAAGGAGAACCCGAUGAAUGCGCUUAUGGGGGCCGCACAGGGAGAAAAUCCGAUGGCCAACUUUGAUAUGGCGGCCUUCUUGGCUGGGUCGUCAAAGAAGAAGCAGGAUAAUGGGAAAGGAGACAAUAAAAAGAAGCGGUAA